CAUUUUAUAAAAAUAUAAUUAGUGAUCCUCAAUGAUCAAUGAACGUGAAAAUUUCCUUCAAUGAGAGUAAGAAAGACGGGUCAGAUCAUUUUAAAACUCACAAGCCCAAAAUUUCGAAGCCCAAACUACAAAUUUAAUUGGGGAAUUUCGAGUUCCAAUUACACAAUGAUGUCAGCCCGCCGGUCGCCUAGGGUAUAAGGUCGAUUUACUCUUGUUUAUCGAGCUGUAACCGCUUUCCGGCGAUUGCUCUAACCCCUUUUUCUGCGGCAAAAUCAAGCUGUAAGUUUCCCUAUCUGCCUCUCGCCCUCCUUCCAUUUCUAGAUUUCGCAACAGCCCUAAUUUGUUAUCACUGAUUUUGAGUGAAUUGGUAACAAAACCAUAUGCGAAAUUUUGUGUAGUAGUUAUUAGCUAUGUCUGGUAACAACAAUAAUAACCCUAAUAAGAACAUAGGAGGACCAUCCUCCUUCGGCAAUUCACCGCCGACGAAUCCGAUGGCACAUCUGCAAUCACAAUCGUCAGGGCAGCAACAGAUGCCGGCCGGAUUUCCGGGUACAUUUCAGUUAUCCCAGUUAGCACAUGCUCAAGCAAUUGCACAAGCGCAAUCGAAAGUUCAGGCUCAAGCACAAGCUGCUGCACAUGCCCAAUUUCAGGCUCAGUUACAAGCUCAGGGUUUGUCUCUUACCCAGGCUCAUGCUCUUGGCAAUUUUGGUUCUAAUUCGCCUUCGAUCCCUGGAAGUGGUUCCGCGAAAAGGUUGCCUCAGAAACCUCCUGUACGUCCACCUGCAUUUACGACUACUAAUAUGGUUUCUCCGAUGAGGACCAUGGAGCUUUCUGCGGCGGCUCGGAGGAAAAAGCAGAAACUUCCGGAGAAGCAUAUGCACGAGAAAGUGGCGGCAAUUUUGCCUGAAUCUGCGCUUUAUACUCAGCUUCUUGAGUUUGAAUCUCGGGUUGAUUCUGCUUUAGCUAGAAAGAAAGUGGACAUCCAGGAGUCCUUGAAGAAUCCACCUACUAUUCAAAAGACUCUUCGAAUUUAUGUGUUCAAUACUUUUGCUAAUCAGGUUAGGACUAUUCCUAAGAAGCCAAAUGCUGAACCUCCUUCGUGGACCCUUAAGAUUGUAGGAAGGAUUUUGGAGGAGGGAAUGGAUCCUGAACAAGCUGCCAUGUUUCAGAAGUCUAACACCAUGUACCCAAAGUUCUCGACUUUCUUCAAAAGAGUCACAAUUUCGUUGGACCAGAAACUGUAUCCUGACAACCAUAUUAUAAUAUGGGACUCUGCACGAUCUCCUGCACCUCAAGAGGGUUUCGAGGUCAAGAGAAAGGGAGAGCAAGAGUUCACUGUUAAUUUAAGGCUAGAAUUGAAUUACAUGCCUGAGAAAUACAAACUUUCACCAGCUUUAACUGAAGUUCUGGGUAUUGAGGUUGAGACUCGUGCAAGAAUUAUGUCUUCUCUCUGGCAUUAUGUUAAGGCACGAAAGUUGCAGAACGUUGAGGAUCCUUCUUACUUCAACUGUGAUCCGCCGCUUCAGAAAGUUUUUGGGGAAGGAAAGGUUAAGUUCAAUACAGUAACGCAAAAGAUCACACCUCAUUUGUCUCCUCCACAACCCAUACAUUUGGAACACAGGAUUAAACUUUCUGGAAAUAACCCUGCUGCAACUGCUUGUUACGAUGUAGUGGUUGACGUGCCAUUCCCUAUCCAGAGGGAGCUGAAUGCCCUGCUGGCCAACACAGAAAAGACCAAGGAGAUUGAAGCUUGUGAUGAAGCAAUUGUUUCUGCAAUAAGGAAGAUCCAUGAGCAUAGAAGGAGAAGGGCAUUUUUUCUCGGUUUUAGUCAAUCUCCUGUUGAGUUUAUUAAUGCACUUCUAGAAUCCCAGAUGAAGGAUCUGAAAGUUGUUGGUGGGGAGGCAAGUCGCAAUGCUGAGAAAGAGCGUCGGUCUCAGUUUUAUAGUCAACCAUGGGUUGAGGAUGCUGUUAUUCGCUACCUGAAUCGCAAGCCACCUUCUGAUGCCCCUGGAAGUGGAUGAACUGAACUGGAUUCUUGCCUGCCCUCAGGAUGUUUAUGUAGAAUGUUAUCUGACAUCUUGUGAGAUAACCGUUUCAAUAUGCUUGGCUGUUGAAGGAUCUCUCCAUGUUACGAAUAGAAGUUCAGUGUCUGUAUUUUCAUAAUUGAAGAAAAGAAAACUGUGUUGCUAUGUGCGAAAAAGCAUGUAAAAGUGUAGGAUAUCUGGAUGCCUUAAUUGUUUGGUGAUAAGACUUAGAUUAUGGAUCUUCUUUAGUAUUCCUGCUUCUGUUUGUUAUUC